AUGGGGAGUAUGGGUAGUUUAGCUUACUUGUUUGCUGGGGAGGAACCUCUAGACUUGGACAUCCAGUAUUUGGCUAAUCGGAUGGUCAGGUUGGAAAUCUCAGAUUCUGGACUGAUUUUGGCUUUUAUAGAAGCUCAAUCAUCUCUAUUGGAACAGAUUUGUGGCCGACAGUUUGAGGAUGGAGCUUUGGUAAAGCUUCAAGAGUUAGUAUUGCAAGGCGAGGGUGGCCAGGGUUCUAUAAAUUCGGAUGGAAUACUACGGUUCGAUGGUCGUCUUUAUGUUUCUAGAGUUGGAGACUUCAUUCAAUUAAUCCUUCAUGAGGCCCAUGAUUACAGAUAUUCUAUCCAUCCGGGCACCGUAAAUAUGUAUCGAGAUUUAAGACAGCAUUACUGGUGUGAUGGUAUGAAGAGAGAUAUAGUUGAGUAUGUAUCCCAUUGUUUAAGUUGCCAGCAGUUUAAGGUCGAGCAUCAGUGGCCUGGUGGAGUCUUUCAAAGAUUACCCAUUCCCGAGUGGAAAUGGGAAUGGAUUACCAUAGACUUCGUGAUGGGAUUGCCUCGAACAUCCAGAGCUAUACAACCUGUUUUUCAUAUUUCUAUGUUGCACCGGUACAUCCCAGAUGAGUCUCACGUUCUUCACUAUGACUCUCUUGAGUUGGACGAUCUCCUUAUUUUUCUUGAGGAACCAGUUGUUAUUUUAGCCAGAGAUAUUCGCCAGCUUUGUUCUAAGUCCAUCCCUAUGAUUAAGAUCAAGCGACGCAAUAGUCUGAUCAAGGAGGCUACAUGGGAGACUGAGCAGGAGAUGUGGGAGCAAUUCUCCAACUUAUUUCUCCCUCCAGUUGCCUUGAGUCAGUUUCGAUUGGUACUGGGUGUUGAUUUUUAG